AUGGCACCCCAGAAAGAAGUCGUUCUCAAAUUCACCUCAAAGCGAUUCCGAAAAGAAGGCGUCUCCGAAGAGCAGCUCCACGAGUUCGCGACACAGCAACAUGCUCCAAGGGCCGCUGCGAUCCAGGCCCGCCACGCGCCUUUGAAAGUCGCCCAGUACCAUACGCCGAAAGCGUGCCGCGACAUGCUGGAGGGCAAGCUACCUCCCGGAUGGUCCAUCGCCGAGCACGACAUCACAAUCGAGUUCUGGGUCCGCAGCGAGGCGCAGAUGAUGGAAAUCCUCCACGAUCCUGAUUUCCAGGCUCUUCUCGCUGAGGAGGGGGACAUGGUCGAUGCGGAGAGAGCCGAGCUGACUGUUGGGUGGGAGGAGGUCUAUGUUGAGGACGGGAAGGUGGUCAAUGUGGCUGAUGGGAAGAGCGAGUAUCCGCCUUUCACGAAGAGCGUCGAACUCGCCGUCGCAGCGGGCAAGAAAGACACCUGAAGCAGCGGUAGGGAUCGAUCUUGUUGUGAGUCAUUCACAAAAGCUGGGCUUGGAUCCGCUUCUAUCAUCUUCGUGUUCUGUAACGGAUUCCCGAAUGCACAAACUUCGAUAUCCACGAUUUAGAAUGGUGUCGCAUGAAAUCACUAUCCGUGGAGCUGAG